CAAGAUGCUACUGAAGUCUAUUACCGUUCCUCGUGCUCCAAGAACUAACAGUAAAUGCUUGCAUGGUUCGGAAUGUCGCGGAGGCCCCAAUGCUCGCACCCGGAAAAGGCUGGCCGUUUACAGCGCCACUAAUCUUCCCACUACACACUCUGUAUCGGACGGCUUUGGGCUGGUCGAGUAGUCGAAGAAGCCUCCUUUUGGCAGCCACCGCUGUCCUAAGCUCGGCGGCUUGGCGACCAUCCCUGGCGUUGGACGUGGCGUUGGAGGGCUCGAGCACCGGCAGCUUCACCACCUACACAGACCCCACCGACGGCUUCUCGCUGCGGGUGCCGGCUGGGUGGCUGGCGGGGGAGGGCGCACUGCCCGGGAAUACCUCCUUCAGCGGCGCGUCAGGCGCCCGCCGCACACUGGCCUGGUUCCCGCCGGAUGCCAGCCCGCGAGACGUGAACGUGACCGUUACCGUAACCAACGUUUCAGUUGAGUUCACACGUCUGGGCAGUCUGGGCAGCCCCGCUGUGUUCGGUGGUCAGCUGGUGGGCGGACAGGACCGCUCGCAGCUGCUGAGGGCGCCGAGCUGGGCGCGGGGGAGGGAGCCGAUACAGGUCGCCCGGCUGCUGGACGCCUCCCAGCUGGGUCCCGACCGCUACUGGGUGGAGUACGUGCAGCAGCAGCUGCCGCCCACCGCAACACCGGCGGACGCAGCAGCGGCGGCGGCAGCAGCAGGGGUAGCAGCAGGGGCAGCGGCAGGGGCAGCAGCAGCAGGAGGCAGCG